UACAGCACCGUCGCCAUCACCCCCUCCCGCCCGCUGCAUAUAUUUGACAUUGGAUUCGAAAUGCUCUCACUCCCCUUCUGACCUUAUUAUGAUAUAUAUAUCCCAUUGUCACUGCACACCCCACGUGUGUCUAUGACACGUGCCAUCCAACCUCCAAUCACCGUCAACACCUAGUCCUGUCCGUGUCCACUCAUUGGACUCUAGCUAGCUAGUGUCCCUCCCCAAUGUCAUUUUUCCUCACAAGAAAGAAAAAAGAAAAACAAAAGACAAUCGAUCUUAGGCGCAUGCCCAUCUCUUUAUUACUGUCCUGCGAUACAAGACAAACUGCUCUGAUGAGUGAGAGAGAGAGAGAGAGUUUUUUGUUGCUUUUCUGUUAAUUUGUAUCUCUUGAUAUAUAUUUUGUGUUUCUUUUUGCAAAUUUAAGUUGAUGAUCAAGACAAAGGAAAAGGGUGGAGAAUAGAAGAAGGUAAGAGAGAAAGAAAGAAAGAAAGAAAGAACCAUGUUUGAUGGUGUCCCGAGUGAUCAGUUCCACCAAUUCUUAGUUUCAAGAACUUCAUCACUUCCCAUUCCUCUGUCUUUCGCUGCUGCUGCUUAUGAUCCCUACGCUUCUCUCCACAGUCCAACGCUUCAGCAACAGCACCAUCAACAUCAUCAAGAAUCCCCCCACAAGAAGUUUAUUCAUGACGGGAAGCAUGUGGAGAACCCCACUGCGGCCUUAAUGAUCUCCACUAGUUUAGGCCUUGAAAGAGAGAGAUCCAGAUCGAUGGAUCCCAGGCCCAGCAGCUGGUCCAAUGAUGAAGUUCUUGCGCUGCUCAGACUCAGAUCCAGCAUGGAAAUGUGGUUCCCUGAUUUCACUUGGGAACAUGUUUCAAGGAAACUUGUGGAGCUUGGUUUCAGGAGAAGCGCAGAACAGUGCAAGGAGAAAUUUGAUGAAGAAAGCAGGAACUUGAACAAUGUAAGCUACAACAAGAACUACAGGAUUUUCAGUGAACUUGAUGAACUCUAUCCUGCUGAUGAUCAACAAACAGCUCGGGUUUCAGCUGAAAGGAUCAGUCAGAACAUGGAGAUUAAUCCUGAGAAGGAGGAUCAAGAGAAAGCUAUAAACAAGAGUGCGGAAGCGAAUUCAGAGAACGUGGGAGAAGCAGCAGCAGCUGCAGAUCCGUGUGAAGAAGCGAUGAGAAAACCAGAAAAAUCAAGUAAGAAGAGGAAAAGGAGAGAUAAAUUUGAAAUGUUCAAGGGUUUCUGUGAGAGUGUUGUGAGCAAGAUGAUGGCUAGACAAGAAGAGCUUCACAACAAGCUGAUUGAGGACAUUGUGAAGAGGGAUGAGGAGAAGAUCUCCAGAGAAGAAGCUUGGAAGAACCAAGAGAUGGAUAGGUUUAAAAUGGAGAUAGAGAUGAGGGCAAAGGAGCAAGCCAGUUCUGGGGAGAGACAGGCAAGAAUCAUUGAGUUCUUGAAAAAAUUCACAUCUGAUGAAGACCAACACUUGGCAAACAAGAUUGAAGAGCUUAUCAAGGUAAACUAUAACAUGCCAUCCAAUUCUUCCACUUCACUUGGUAAAAUUCUCGAAACCCAUCACUUCCAAACAUCCCAAAGCAAAGCAGAACCAUCCAUCUCCUCAUCAACCAAGAUCCAAGCCCACCAAAACCCUAGUUCAUUUCCUUCUCAAGACUACCCAAUAACAGCCACUUAUAAAACUAAAACCCCAUCUCCUAAUUCAAGCCCUACUUCAACUCCAGCCACAAAAGAUUCAAAAUCAAGAACCUCAACAUCUGCAGUAACCACAGAAAUUACCUCAUUAGCAGCAAAUUACGACACAGGCAAGAGAUGGCCAAGAGAAGAAAUCCAGGCUCUGAUAAACCUGAGGUGCAAGCUGAGUAGCAACAGUAGUACUGAUCAUGAUGACAGCAGCAGCAGCAGCAAGGAGGGUGCAAUUGCAAAGGCGGCCCCUCUAUGGGAAAGAAUCUCACAAGGAAUGUUGGAAUUGGGGUACAAAAGGAGUGCUAAAAGAUGCAAAGAGAAGUGGGAGAACAUCAACAAAUACUUCAGGAAAACCAAAGAUAGCAACAAGAAGAGGUCUAUUGACUCAAGAACAUGCCCUUACUUCCAUCAGCUCAGCUGUUUAUACAGUGAAGGAACUCUUGUGGCACCGACGUCCACCACCCUGCCGGAUCACUAUAGCCCGGAAAAACACAGCCACCACACUUCACCUUAAACAUAUAUUUCAAGUCUGCACAUGAGAUGAUUUCCUUGGGGUUUUUGUUUAAGUUAAGUAGAAGAAAGCUGAAUUAAUGAUGUAUCUGAUAGUGGAAGCUGGUUUUUGAUGAAGUUAGCGCAGCGAUGGAUGGCGAAUUCUGGGUUUCAGUAGUGUCAGUAGGUGAUAAAAAUCGGCAGAGAAUGAGAGAGACUCGGAGCGGCCGGCCCCAUCUGCUAAUUUGUAACUCCAAGCAUUUAUUCGGGUACUGGAUUCAGUUUUCUGUCA